AUGAUGGUCGGGGCCAACAAUACCAAGUCAUUAACGAAUAAGCCUCCGGCGUCAUCCGCUCCAACCGGUGCUGCUGCUGCUUCUUCCUCCCAUGACCCUAAAUCCCGUUGGGCGUCAAGCAAAAACGAUGGUGGAAUCAGUAAGAAUAGCAACAACAACAACAAUAAUCACAAUAGCAAGCCGACGACUGGUGGUGGCCAGAAAAACUCCGAUACGAAACUGCCGAAGCCGAAUCCUUCUCCUAAGCUAGCUCCGGUACCGAACCAAUCCCGUCCGCAUCAUCCUAAUCCAACAACUCAAUCUUCACGUCCUUUGCCGGCAGCUCCGUUUCCUUUCCCAGAUUCAUCGGCGGCGUUGGGUGCUCCUCCUACGCCGACUUAUGGGUUCCAUAUGCUGGAGCGGCGUACGAUCGUUCUCGUUGAUGGAAGUGUUCGAUCCUACUUCGCGCUUCCGCCUAAUUACCAGGACUUCCCUCCCCGAAGCCGGCUCGCUGAUCCGGCUGCUAAUAGAUUUAUGGGAUCGGAGUUUGGCCGAUUCCCUCCCUUUCACCCGGAAGAAUUCCGAGAUCAGCGACAGCUCUGGGAUCGCCUGGAAGGUUCGAUGAAACGGAAAUAUCCAGGUGAAGAAGAGUUUGAUAGGAGGGACGAGAGAGGUGAGAUGCUGAGGCAAAGACAGCAGUUUAUGCAUUACGCGAAUCCUAAUAAUGAUCAGUCGCUUAUGGCGGGGACGAGUAGUCCGUUCCGGCGAGAUGUUGGAGAAGAUGCCAGAGCAGCUAAGCAUAUGCGGGUAGGGUCAAGUAGACAUGAGCAUGGAGGUCAGGAGCCUAAGCAUUUCCAGGUCAAUGACCAGGCUGCGAUAAAGAAGUCGUUUUUGGAUUUUGUUAAGCGAAUUUAUGAGGACCCGUCGGAGAAGAGGAACUACUUGGAGAACGCGAGUAAAGGCCGGCUUCAGUGUCUCGUCUGUGGCAGGUCUCCUACAGACGUCCAGGAUACACAUGGUUUAGUAAUGCACGCAUACUGUUCUGAUGAUGCUAACUCACGCGUGCGUCACUUAGGCCUACACAAAGCGCUCUGUGUACUGAUGGGAUGGAAUUUCUCAAAGGCUCCUGAUAAUUCAAAGGCGUACCAGAAUCUACCUGCUGAAGUGGCAGCCAUCAAUCGAGACCAGCUGAUUAUUUGGCCACCUCAUGUUAUUGUUCACAAUACAAGUACAGGGAAGGGUAAAGAUGGACGCAUGGAAGGUCUUGGAAGCAAAAGAAUGGACAACAGAAUGAGAGAGCUAAAAAUCACUGGUGGGAGAUCAAAGUCACUGUAUGGAAGAGAAGGUCAUUUGGGAGUUACCCUCUUCAAGUUUACCGGAGACGAUUCAGGGCUCAUGCAAGCCAUGAGAAUGGCGGAAUGCUUUGAGAAGAUGAACCGUGGGCGUAAGAGUUGGGCCAAGGUAUCACCAUUCACUCCAGGCCAAGAUGAUGAGAAAAACCGUAGUCUUGUCGAAGUUGAUGAUAGGACGGGUGAGAAGAAAAGGGUCCUCUAUGGUUAUCUCGCGACCAUAGCAGACUUGGACAAGGUCGAUAUAGACACAAAGAAGAAGACCACUAUCGAGAGCCUUAGAGAACUCGCAGGAUCAAAGUAA